AUGGCUCAAGUAAGACUCGAAGACGCUGCCGUGAAGCGCAUCGGCGACAUCUCUGUGAAGACUCGCGAAGCUAUUCGUGCCUCCCUCCCCACCGGUAAGGAGCAAUACCUCCAUGUUAUGGUGCCCGGAAAGGUCGUUGACUUUAACGACUACACCGUUGACAAGGAGAACGACGUGCUUAUCCUGACAAAAGUCGAGCUGAAACAGGCUAUUCUCUGUGAUGACAUGCCGAUGCUCUCACCCAUUCAAAUGGGCCCUUCCGGUCGCUCUGUCUCACGGAGCUACGCCAACACCAUCAGCAAGCUCAUCCCAGCAGGCACAACAGUCGGCGUCGACGAGGGCAAGCCCUUAACCGACGACCAGCAGCGCUACAAGCAGGCAAUGAGCAGCCUCUCGGCAGAGGUCGGGGACAAGGACAUGACCCUCGUCGAGCUCUACACCCAGAAGCAGGCCGCGUACACACGUGCGUGCGCUGAGAAGACACGUGCGUUCGCUGAGGCACUCGAGAAGGCGACCAACUCAACCAAAUCAGCCAAGGCAGCUCGCCAGCGGUAUGAUCAGUGGGUGCAAGAGAACGCGAAGACAUGGCGGAAUUACGUGCAGGCGGCGUACAUGGACUGGGUGAUCAUGGGGCGCAAGGAGGAGGUCGAGUACUGGUUCUCGGUCGUCGAUCAGGAAUCAGCUAUGGCGCGCGUUGAGCAGAGCAAGGAAAUCAUGCGCUGGGCAAUCGUUCAAGACGAGGAUGGCGGUGCAGAGUACCAGAAGGUCAAGUUGGCGCCCUCCCACUGGGCGAACCUGGCCAAGGAGAAGGCUAACAGGGGCAUCAAUAACACGAAGACGGUCGAAUGGUAUACUUGGGAGAUCAACCGACUCGAAAAGACCAUUGAGCUGCUAGAAUUGAUGAAGAAGAAAACCGUCCAACCUGCGGGGGCCCCAGGCAGCGAUGCUCCCGAUAACGAAAUCGAGGCCCAGUAUAAGGGCGCGAAGACCGAGCUGUCCAAGCCAAACAAGGAUGAGAGUAAGGACGCAUGGGACGGUCGGAAGCGCGAGGCGGAAGGCAAAUACACGUCCUCUCAGACGGCGUUGAAGAAAGCCCAGUCAGCAUACGACGAUGCCAACCUUGCGAAGCUCCAUAUGGACGGUAGGAAGGCGCAGGAGAAGCUCCUGGACGACCUCGCUGGCGAUGAGGGCUUCGCGGCGGUGGAGAUCCAACGGCACAAGCGGACCAUCGAGGAGUACACCCGGGCGCGCGCAGCGCUCAUGAACCAGACGGGAGCAAAGUCCGCCGAGAUUGAGAAGAUCGCGACCAGCGUGGGCAUUCCCGCUGCCAUGCCCGACCCUACGGCCGUCGCAGCGGUGGAGAGCCCUGACUAUUUCACGCCCAUCACUGUCGAGGUCACGUCGACCAGCGAGUCCAAGAGUUCGUCAUCUUCGGCAUCCUCAAUGUCGUUUGGGGCCUCGGGCUCGUACGGACUUUUCUUCACUGGCAGUGUCAGUCAUGAGUCUUCGGAGGCUCACUCGGAAGCUACGCAAGAGUUGGCGAACGCUGCGGUGAAAAUUUCGUUCGAGUGCAUGCGCGUCGAUAUCACUCGUCCCUGGCUGCGUCCAGAGCUCUUCUACGACGAUGAUCUGCAAAGUCUUAUCAGGAUCUCACCCGGGUUCGGCCGCCUUCGUGCGCUCAUGGACAGCGACCCCCAACUGAACAUGACUGAGGGUCAGAUUGCUUCCGAGCUGGCCGGUUACAGCAUCUUCCCUGUCUUCCCCACCGCAUUCCUGCUCGCAUGCAACGUCGUCCUCGAGAUAUCUGGCAGCACUUCGAAGCUGCAGACGUACAUGAACGGUUCCAGCUCCUCUACGAGCGUAGCCGUCAGAUACGGACCAUUCGUUGCUGGAAAGGCCAAUCAUUCUUCUUCGAGCGCAAACCAAGGAUCGUCGUGCGAUUCGACGGCUUCAGGGUGCAGGAUCACGAUGAAGUCCCCACAAGUCAUCGGGUGGAUCUCCCAGAUGGUUCCGGCUCUCCCUCGCGUGUCGGCUCCGAACGAGGUGGCUGCGGCUCCUCACACCUAG